GAACAAAACCGGCGCAACCUGUCUCUGUCCGAAGACGCGCUCAGGGCCAUCGAGGCGCACACCUGGCCCGGCAACAUCCGCGAACUUGAAAACUGCAUCAAACGCGCCACCAUCAUGGCCGAUGGCAGCCAAGUCACCGCAGACGACCUCGGGCUGACGGUUCCGGCAGGUGAAGAGGGCGAUGCUUCGCUGGACCUGCGCACCGUGCGCGACGAGGCCGAGAAAAAGGCGGUGAUCGCCGCAAUGGCCCGCUCCAAUGGGAACGUGCUCAAGGCGGCCGAGCUGCUGGGGGUGAGCCGACCCACCUUGUACGACCUGAUGCACCGCCUCGGUUUGAAAUGA